AUCAAAGUGUUCAAGAAAUCAUCACUUUAUGCCAGGUAAUUGGCAAUAAUCUUACUGCACUGUCACUUACGUUACUCAAUCUAGGUCACAACUGCCAAGCUUUAAGACCUUAGGAGGUCUUGUUAGCAGUGUCACAUUGCAGAGCGACCUUAGUAAUAUCUUAAAGAAAAAUAAUAAUCUAAUUUGGUUGAAACGUGAAGAGACAGUAGCUUGACAAAUGCUAGUGUCACAUUACGUUACCGUAACGUAAAUGACAAUAGAAUUUACGUACUAUCGUCUAAUGGGGCGCACGUGCACACACACUAGCGAGAUAAGGAUAAUUUGUAUAGGAUUAAAUUGCCAAGAUAUCUAACGUUUUAGUUAAAGCCCAACAAGCUGUAAUACAAGUCUUUCCUUCGAUGACCUUCGCGGUAGAAGUAUCAACUCUAUCUUCACUUUUAAACUCAAUUUGGUUUUCACUUCUCGAAAAGCAGAAUUAAGCAUUCAAAAUGGGAAAAUCAAGAGCAGAGAUUCAACGCGCCUACAGAGAACGAAAAAAAGGGAAAGAUUCAAAUUGGCAACAAAAUGAGUCAAUCCGAGUGCAAAAAUACUACACACCAGCAUCCAAACACCGGAGUUUGAAAAGCAACCUCCAAGCUGGGCAUGUUGUAAUUCAAAUGGACUUUGCCGAGAAUUACAACUGCCAGUCUUGCGAGGAAGUGCAAAGUGCUCACUGGAAUGGCCCCACUAUGGUCUCCCUACAUCCAGUAGUGGUAUAUUACAAGGCAGAAGGCAAAGACGACCUCGAGCACAAGAGCUUUGCCUUUGUUUCGGAAGAGGUCUCGCAUAAUGCAGCUGCCGUGUAUGCCAUCUUGGGGAGACUGAAUCAAGAGCUGAAGGAUCUUGUCCCUGAACUGGCCUUUGUACACUAUUGGACAGAUAGUCCCACAUCACAAUACAGAAACAAGACAAUCUUCGCCAUAGUCGCGAACCACAAGGAAGAGUUCGGAGUCCCAGCAAGAUGGAACUAUUUUGAAGCGGGGCACGGAAAAGGUCCCUGUGAUGGUGUCGGGGGAGCUGCCAAGCGGAUGGCUGACGAGGCGGUGCGGUCAGGCAAAGUCGUUAUUGACGAUGCACACAGCUUCUUUGUUUGGGCCACCGAAUAUCAAAGUAGUGUGACCUACAUUUACUACUCAACAGAUGACUUCAAAAUGGCAUCAGCAAGGCUGGACAAGUACAAUGGCACACAGACUGUCCCUGGCACAAUGUCAAUGCAUGCCAUAUGCGCAGUGGACAGACACACCGUUCUCACUCGUGUCACCUCGUGUUACUGUCCCGACUGCCUUUCCAGCCCAAAGGAUACCCAUUGUGCAUGGAAAGCCGCCAUGCUCACUCCACCCAGUGCGUUGAGUCUACGCAAUGAGCUCGCUCUAAAGGUUGACGACUUUGUCGCUGCCGCUUACGAAGGGGACUGGUAUGUUGGCAAAGUACAGCAGAUCGACCAGGAGGACGGCGAAGCUCUCGUGACUUUUAUGUCACGUAGUGGCACUACCCUUCAAUCUUUCAGCUUCACAUGGCCUGCCCGCGAAGAUGUUAUUUGGAUCAAGAGGGACAUGAUCUUAUGUGUCAUCGAGCCGCCCACCCGAAGUAGUAAAACGGAAACUGGAGCUCGUUGAGGCACGCUUCCGCCUACCUUAGUGUCAUUUACGUUACCGUUUUUUAUAGAGGUUUUAGAAAAACGAUGGUUCAAAUCGAAGCACC